UGACAGCUCCAUUUCAUUUGUUUAAUGAAGACGCAUUUGGUGAAAAUACCACCAGCGCUUAUCCACACACCGAUUAAUGUUAAUGACAACAAACAAAUUGUAGUUUAGUUUAUUUUACUCACUAAAUCGCUAACGUCAGCAUCAGAUCACACACACACACCCCUUUUCAUUCGCCUGUCAGAUAUCGUGUUAGUUAAAAUCAAAACAGAGUGGAGACAACAAGGAAGCAUAGAGAACACAAGACCGACAAGGCACCAUGACGUGGUUUAGCUUCGCAGGUCGGGUGUGGGAUCGCGUGGAGAAGACGUGUCUCCACCUGCCCAUCUUUCUGAACACCGUUCUCGUGUUCUCCAUCACGGCGGAGGUGAGCUACCUGGUCCUGGUCGAGGCGCCGCUCCAACCGGACCAGAAGAAGACCCAGUGGUCUACCGUGUGGAAGACUCUGCACCUCCUCGUGCAGUACUUCAUGUUUGGCAACAUCACAUGGAACGCCUCGCUGUUUCUGAAAACCAGCCCCAGCAUUCAAGGAGUGUUCCUGGGCUCAGAAGGCAUGGCACAAGGCUGGAGGUACUGCUACACAUGUGAGACCCACACUCCUCCGCGGUGCUCCCACUGCUAUGACUGUAAGGUGUGUGUUCUGAGAAGAGACCACCACUGUGUGUUCUUCGGCCAGUGUGUGGGCUUCCGUAACUACCGCUACUUCCUCAGCUGUCUGCUGUUCAUGUGGACGGGGCUGCUGUACGCUGUAGUGAUGAACGCUGAGGUCUUCAUCAUCAUCCUGAAGGAAGGAGUCACGCUGCACAGCAUCCUGCUACUUCUCAUGCCCUGGAUCAUGCUCAUCUCUGGUCAGGUGACAGCACGGGCCUUUGCCUUUGCCUUCAUCGCAGACACCUGUGUGUUGGGCUUCCUGCUGGUGGCAGCCUUCCUCUUCUUCCACCUCUUCCUCCUCCUGCGAGGCCAGACCACCAGAGAGUGGUACUCCAUCCGCAGGCCCUACAACCUGGGAUUACUGGGCAAUUUGCGGCACGGCCUGGGUACCCGCUGGUACAUCUGCUGGCUCUGCCCACUCAUCCCCUCCCCACUGCCUGGGGACGGCAUCCACUUCCAGGUCACAGAGUCACUGGAGCUGGAUCCCAACCGCUCACGGUAACCCUGGUAAUGUGACGGACACAGGUGUGUGAUGAUGACAGUGACACCUUGCAGUGCAGGCGGGGGGUGUGGCCUUCGUGGAGAAGUUGACUGUAAAUCUGAAAGCCUCUUCACCCACUGCUUUCCCUGUUUUCUGAGUCAGUGAGUUGGUGGGUGGGACGGCAGGUGUAGCUGCAUUAUCUCAAGGUUGCUCUGUGGUACUUUGACCCAUUGUCUAUGUGCCGACAUUAUUUGAUCCAUUACCUAAGUCAAUCAGCUAAAUGAGAAAGCAUGUGUUUAUUGGUUUGCUUGCCUCAGCAGUUAAAACAAUGAAAUGAGCAUUGAAAUGUGAGUCCAAUGAAAUGAUGAAUCUUUUGAUUGUUCAUUGAUUGUACUGUAUUGAUUUCUUGCUGAGGUUUGCUGUGAAGGUAGGAUUGUUGAUUUGGAAGGAGAUCCCCCACACUUACUAGUGCUGGAACAAGUCUUUAUAAUGAUGUUGAUGUCCACUCUUUUCAUUGUUAUUUGUCCUGAUUGAGUGUGCCUUUGAUUUAGUUACCUACAAAACCUGCCUUGCCAAACCACACAUGUACACUUGGUGGACAGUUUAUUAAGUACACCAUCCCGUUCACGAAAGUGGAUCGCUCCUACAGACAAUGAGUCACGUGGCCGUGGCUUGCUAUAUAAAGCAGGCAGGCAGGCAUCGAGGCAUUCAGUUACUGUUCUAUUUGGGCUAAACGAGUGACCUAAGCGACUUUCAGUGUGUUAUGAUCGUCGGUGCCAGUAUCUCAGAAACGUCUUCCCUCCUGGGAUUUUCAUGCACGACAGUGUCUAGGGUUUCUCGAGGUGUGCCAAACAAGGAGUUUCUAGUAAGCAGCAAUCCUGUGGAUGAAUACAGCUCGGUGAUGAAGGAGAAUGGCAAGAAUCGUGGAAGCUAACAGGCAGGCCACAAACAAACCAAUAACGGCGCAGUACAUCAGUGGAGCGCAGAACGGCAACUCGGGAGGCACAACCCGGAGAUCCCUGUCAUGGAUUGGGCUAUGACAGCAGACGACCACCCCGUGUUCCACUGCUAUCAGCUAAAAACAACAAGAAGCGGCUCCAGUGGGCAUUCGAUUACCAACACUGGACAAUUUAGGAGUGGAAAAACAUCACCUGGAACAUGACAGCGAUUUCAGUUUACUUGAGUGGCCUGCACAGUCCCCAGACCUCAACCCAAUAGAGUAUCUUUGGGAUAAGAUGGAAUGGGCAAAAGGGAGUCCGACGCGGUACUUUACAUUUUUAUUUAACCUUUAUUUACUAGAUGGGUGUACCUAAUAAACUGGCCAUUGAGUAUGUUUUCACGUUAUGUUGAGUUUAAUUGAAGGCCUAUUGAUUGUGUUUUUACCUCGGAUGCACAGAUACAUAAAGAGAUUUAUUGUUAAUUGCAGCAUGGUAUGUUUUUCAAGUUUGAGAUAGGGAUGUUUAAAGGUCCAAUGCAGCCAUUUUUAGCUCAAUAUCAAUAUAAUUGUGGGUAACAAUUAAGUACCUUACUGUGAUUGUUUUCAUUUAACACGGUCAAAAAUAAACAAAAAUAGUUACUUUGCCAAGA